UUAACAGUGCGCAUGCGUAGCGUCACAGCGCUGUAUGUAUGGCCGCGUGUUUGUAACCCGGUUGUGAUCUUGAUCAUCAUCAUCAUCAUCCUCCUCCUCCCUACCACUCUGUUCAUCUCCGGAGAACAGCUCACACACACACACACACACACACACACACACACACACUACAAUACAGAACUGAUCCAGAGACUACAGCGGGUGAUGUCUGGGGUGUGCAGGACGGGAGGAAGAGGAAUAAGAGGAGGUAUGGGGGCCCUCAGGCAGGGGCCAAGAGGCUGAGAGGGGGGAGGGAGCUGGAGGCGGGAAUGCAGGGAAUCCUCAUCACCUGCAACAUGACGGAGCGCAGAUGCACCGCCGAGGCCUACAGCCUGCUGAACGAGUACGCAGAUAAACUCUACGGUCCUGAACAGUCAGCAGACACUAAUGACAGCAGCAGUGAGGAUGACGUGGAGGCGGCGCUGGAGAAGGAGGUGAAACAGUUCCACUCGUCUACGCAGAAACAGCAGAGACGAUUUACAGCACUCGAGAGUGGAGCAAAUAACGUCCUGUUCAUCCGUACACACACCAUCGAUCCGGGGCAGUUGGUUCACUCCAUCCUGCAGGACCUGUACAGCAGUCGGAGGUUGAAGUCGAGGUUGAUCUUGCGGAUGUUGCCGGUGUGUGGUUCGUGUAAAGCGUUUGCUGAAGACAUGCUGAAGUUCCUGCACUCGUUCCUGCAGCCGUGGUUCCUCUCUCCCAACCACGCCUCCUACCAAAUCUGCUUCAAGUCCCGCAACAACAACCAAAGCAAGAGAGACGAUGUCAUCAAGAGCAUCGCCGGUUUGGUGAAUCGCCUGAAUCCCAAGAACAAAGUGGAUUUGACCGAUCCGGAGCUCACCAUCAUCAUCGAGGUGAUCAAGUCAGUGUGCUGCGUCAGUGUGAUCCGAGAUUACAAACGCUUCCGAAAAUACAACCUACAGGAAGUGGCAAAGGGCCCGGCCAAUCAGGAGUCACCCCAACAGGAAGUCACCAAGGGCACAGCCAAUCAGGAGUCACCCCAACAGGAAGUCACCAAGGGCCCGACCAAUCAGGAGUCACCCCAACAGGAAGUGGCAAAGGGCCCAGCCAAUCAGGAGUCACCCCAACAGGAAGUCACCAAGGGCCCGACCAAUCAAGAGUCAUCCCAACAGGAAGUCACCAAGGGCCCGACCAAUCAAGAGUCAUCCCAACAGGAAGUCACCAAAGAUCCUGCCAAUCAGAACUCGCCCCAACAGGAAGUGGGAAAAAAUGAAGUAAAUCAGGGUGAGCAGGAAGUGCUAAAAGACUUGGCCAGUCAGGAGCAGGGGCAGCAGGAAGUGACGGAGACAGAAGAGCAGAAUGUGGGCGGAGCCAAUGGGAUAAAAGAGUCAAAGAAAGAGUAAAUAAAGGUUUUCUUCAAAUACAUCAUGUACACGGGGGGGUGUACUCGAAACACAUUUUUGUAAUUGUGUGUGUGUGUGUGUGUGUGUGUGUGUGUGUGUGUGUUUGAGAGAGAUUUGUUUUACUGCUUUUUACUCUGUAACUCUUUGGUUUUAAUUUCAGUUGAAUUUCAGAUUUUUCCAGACUCUGAGGAAAUAAAUUUUUUGUUUCGAUGUAAA